AUGCCAUCCCCGCGCCUCCACGGCAAAGUCGCCAUCAUCACCGGCGGCGGCUCCGGCUUCGGCGCAGGCAUCGUGCAAAAGUUCCACGCAGAAGGCUGCCGCAUACUCAUCUGGGACAUCAACCCAGCCCCCGCCCACGCCCUCGCCGCCUCCCUCAACCAACCAUCCAGCCCAUCCAGCUCAUCCAGCAGCAGCUCCUGCUCCGUCUUCAUCGGCGACGUAUCCAAAGCUGCGGACUGGGACGCCGCCCUCGCGCAGUGCCUGCACGCCUUCGGCACGCUCGACAUCGUCGUCAACAACGCCGGCGUCGUGCAUGUCGCCCGGCCCAGCGAGGAGGUCCCGGAGGACGAGGUCGAUCGCAUGUGGCGCGUUAAUGUCAAGCCGCUGUAUCAUAGCGCGAGGGCGGUGGUGCCGUAUUUUAGGCGUGAGGGGAGGGGUGGUGUGGUGGUUAAUUUGAGUAGUGUUUCCGCGCCACGGCCGAGGCCGCGGUUGGUGUGGUACGCAGCCAGCAAAGGCGCAGUCACCGCCGCCACCAGAGGCCUAGCCGCCGAAUACGCCGCCGACAAAAUCCGCUACAACUGCAUCCAGCCCGUCCUCGGCGAAACCGCAAUGGUCGCCCCCGUGCUGGGCGGGACGGAUACGCCGGAGGGGCGCGCUGCUCCGCUGGCGGGCAUCCCGCUGGGGAGGAUGAGCACGCCACGGGAUAUUGCGAAUGCGGCGUGCUUUUUGGCGAGCGAUGAGGCGGAGUUUCUUACGGGUGUUUGUUUGGAUGUCGAUGGCGGGAGGAGUUUGAUGUAG